AUGUUGCUAGACUUGGUUGUCAUGGCCGUACCAAUCCCUAUAUACUUCGAACAGGGCGCUCGUGGCAGGACGAGGCUAGGGCUCGUUGGCAUUAUCGCUAUGGGGACUGUUAUUCCGGUUUUCUGGGGCCCUAUGAUGACCUCAGCCUCCCAUCUUCUCGGCCAGAUCUUCGUCACCAAGGAGGUCCAAGUGACGACGGAGCAUCGGUUUGGGAACUUGGGUAGCAGCGACGCGUUUCAUCAGCACGAAGGGCCCUGGGCAGAUUUGGAGGAUGGAAAGGCCUAUCUUGAACAGAGGUGUGGUUCCAGGGUGGAGUGGACUGGGAAGGACGGGGCACAACAUCACUCCACGACAUGGACAGCUUGA